AUCCCUGCGUCAACAUCAACAUCACUCAUAACGACAUGGCCACAUUCUACUCGUGAAUACUCUGUCGAUGUGUUCAGUGGAAGACAACAUAGAAGAAGGAUGAAUGUGCAGAAGAAGGAGAGAUAUCAUGCAACACCUGGUGGAAAGGCUGUGGCGAGACCAGAGUCGACAAAGAGACAAGCACAUUCAGCAGAGGAUAUAAAGAAGGCGCACUUUGAACGUAUCAAUAAGUUCUACAAUGAUAACAAACAUUAUGUAGACAAUGAUAAUAACAACAAGGUUAGACGCGAGAAGACACCAAUGGCAAUGCAAUUCGCUUAUGUUGGUACAGGAUAUCACGGACUGGAGUAUCGUAUGACAGAGUUUGUGGCUUUGGAGAAUGUACUGGAGCAAGCGUUGUUCAAGGCUGGCAUGAUCCUACCAUCAAACCUGGGCGACCCAAACAGACUCCGCUGGAACAGAUCAAGUCGUACGGACAAGGGCGUGCACUCACUAUGUACGUUGUUGUCGGCCAGUUUGGAGAUGGAUCGUUCGAGGCUGGGGACGGCUGAGGGACUUACCAAGUGUUUGGACGAGGUCAACUCACAUCUGCCUGCACAGUUGAGACUGAUGGCAUUGGUGCCCACCAACAAAUCAUUCAAUCCACGUCAACAAUGUACGAGUCGAACCUAUCAUUACAUGGUGCCAAAGAAACAUCUUGGUACAAUCUACACAAUGGAUCAGAUCAACAAAGACGUCCUAUCCCUGUUCCUUGGUCCAAACUCUUAUCACAACUUUACACAUCAUCGUAGGACCUACAAGGAUAUCAAGUCAUCUUCCUCUACCAAGGAGCUCCCCAUUGAGGAGGACGCAGAGGAGGACAAUACUGGCGAAGCUGAGGAGUCAGCAACUUCAACAACAACAUCUUCUUCAUCAUCGCCAGACGCCUGGAAACUCAAACCAAUGGAUAGAGAAGCAGAGAUGGAGGCAUUCAGACUCAACUCAAAGAAUUACAAACGAAUACUUGGUAUCAGAGUUGUGGACACUAUGAUGCGAGCAGGCACAAGCAAGGAGGAAUGGGUCACCUUUGAGAUUGAAGGAGACUCAUUCAUUCAAUAUCAGAUACGCAAGAUGAUUGGAUUCACUUUGGCCGUGCUCAAUGGACAUUGUGAUCGACGUGUGUUGGAGAUCGCUUUGAAGUCACCAUUCUCCAUGCGAUCACCCGUGGCCCCACCCACGCCACUCUAUCUCCAACGUCUAUGUCUUGGCGAUCGAGCCACUAUGGAUACCUUCUGCAACAAUGAGUCAAUCAAUCGCAUCAAGACAGAGUUCUGCCAUGAACAACUUCAGCCUCACAUCGUGGCGCUGGAUGAGCGCGAUCAAUUCUUCCAGAAGUUCAUGGAUGAGUUGUUGCCGUCGCACUUCUACUCUGUCGAGAACGACGACCUUGACAAGCUCUACAACAUGUAUCUCCAGUUCGAUGAUCGAAGCAGUGCCUGGAGGAACAAUCAUAAAUCCACUGAUCGU